AUGGCUCGUACCAAACAGGUCGCCCGCAAAUCCACCGGUGAUAAUGAGACCAGGAAGCAGCUGGCUACUAAGGCAGCCAGGAAAUGUGCCCCCUCCACUUGCGAAGUGAAAGUACCUCAUCGCUGCAGGCCAGUUACUGUCACGCUCCGAGAAAUCUGCCGAUGCCAGAAUUGCACAGAGUUGCUUAUCUGUAAGCCGUCCGUCCAGCGCCUGGUGAGGGAAAUUGCCCCGGGCUUCGAAACUGACCUGAGGUUUCAGAGUGCUGCAAUUGGAGGUUUGCAGGAAGCCAGUUACGCCUACUUGGUUGGCCUGUUUAAGGAGACCAACCUGUUGCAUCCAUGUCAAAAAAAAUAA